CUCUCUUACUCUUUCCCACCAACUUCAGCAGACAGAGCUAUAAAAGGAACCGAACCCUUCCUAGCAGCAUCAGUCACCUUCUAGUGCUAGCAUCAUGAAGUCCGCCGUCGCCUUCCUGUGCCUCGCCGCUAUGGCUUUCGCAGCUCCCCAGUUGGACGAGCGCCCCGUGGCCAUCCUUCGCGACGAACGCGUCGACCAAGGAGACGGCAACUUCAACUAUGCCUUCGCCGCCGACAACGGCAUCGAAAUGGAAGUGUCCGGCGCCCCUGGGGCUGAAGGAGCCGUCAACAUGAGGGGUUAUUACCUUCUUCCUUUGGUUGAUGGUGGCUUCGCCAGAGUCGAGUUCAUCGCCGACGCAGCCGGAUUCCAGCCCAGCAGUGACAUCCUGCCAACCCCCCACCCACUCCCCGCCCACGCCAUCGAACAGAUCAGGUUCGCCGAACAGCAGAGAGCCGAGGGCGUCCAAUUCGACAUCCAAGGGCGCCGCAUCAACUAAGAUGUUAACCAGGAUAGCCGUCUGUGUGCCAACGUGCGUCCUUCUAGGUCCUACACUCAAAAAGAGAUAGCAUUUAGUGCGUCUCUCCGUCCGUCCGUCUGUCUGUCAAUAAUGUGAUAUAUUGUAAAUAAAUUCCCCGUGACUGUU